GGCGCCCAAAAAAUCGACCUCUGACUCGAUCGAGACAGCUCGAACCCGAGGCAGCGGACCGCGAUAUCUUAUGCGACGACAAGCGCCUGGCUCUCUCGGUCAUCGACGAGUACCUGACAGAGUGAACUAUCCUGCAAUUGGUCAAGAAUACACAAAGACUACCUUACUGCAGGUUUCUCAGCUACGCAAUCCGCUUGCACCAUAUACCCUUGCCAAUCACCCCUUGGCUUGACGUCUCAGCGGUAUAUCUUUCCUUAAACCGCCAUGGAUCUGGUCAACCACUUAGAAGGCCGGCUCCUCUUUGCAGUUCCCAAGAAGGGCCGUCUCCUCCAAGCGUCUCUGAACCUCCUCGAAGGCGCCGACAUCCAGUUCAAGCGUGAGAACCGCCUCGACAUCGCCCUCGUCAAGAACCUGCCGAUCGCCCUCGUCUUCCUCCCCGCGGCCGACAUCCCCACCUUUGUCGGCGAGGGCCGGGUCGACCUGGGCAUCACGGGCCACGAUCAGGUGCAGGAGCACGAUGCCGGUGUCCGGGCGCUCGCGCGCGCCCGGCGCAUGAGCAACGAGUGGGAUCCCAGCAGGACUGGCAGUGCCAAGCCCCAGGGCUGCGAAACCAUCAUGGACCUCGGUUUCGGUGCUUGCCGCCUGCAGGUCCAGGUGCCCGCCAAGGGAGAGUACACCGAGAGCAAGGAUUUGAUCGGCAAGAACAUUGGCACCAGCUUCGUCCACCUCACGCGCGAGUACUUUGCUCGCCUCGAGAUGGAGCAAGAGGGUAUCACGGACCCGGCCCAGAUGGAGGGGAGGAAGCUGCGGACAAAGAUCAUCGAGCUCAGCGGGAGCGUGGAGGCGGCCUGCGCACUGGGCGUCGCCGACGGUAUUGUCGAUCUUGUCGAAUCCGGCGAAACAAUGAAGGCGGCCGGUCUUAAAGCCAUCGACACCGUGGUCGAGACGUCCGCCAUCCUGAUCAAGUCAAAGGCGCCCAGCAACCCGGCGCUGGUUGAUCUCAUUGCCUCGCGCAUCCGCGGCGUCAUCACGGCCCAAAAGUACGUCUUGUGCCAGUACAACGUGCCGCGCGCCAAGCUGGCCGACGCGACCCGUGUCACGCCGGGCAAGCGCGCCGCCACCGUCACCUCGCUCGAUGAAGAGGGCUGGGUGGCCGUCAGCGCCAUGGUGGAAAAGAAACGCAUCGCUCCCGUCAUGGACGAGCUGGUCCAAGUCGGCGCCGAGGAUAUCUUGGUUCUUGAUAUCCACAACACGAGGAGUAGCUGAACAAGUAAUGGCCAAGAUGGAGGCCUAGAGUAUAGAUCAAAGGGGGAAAAAAGUAAAAAAAGGGAGCAUAUGACAUGAUGGUGCCC